AUGGCUGCUAAAUCUGCUGAACAAUCAAGAAAAACUAACCAAAAUAUCACAGUCUGGUUAUCUGAAAACGAAGAGACUGAUGAUGAAUCUGAGUGCUUUCGAACCUUUAUACAUGAGUUUGUAGGACGCAAGUCUCGUUCAAAGGAAACUAAUAAACCUACACCCUUACCUCAUUGGAGAAUAUCUGAAAGCGAAGAGACUGAUGAUGAAUCAGACUGCUGUCGAAACUUUACACAUGAGUUUGUAGGUCGCAAGUCUCGUUCAAAAGAAACUUAUAAACUUACACCCUUACCUCGUUGGAAAAGAUCUGAAAGUGUAGCCGACCUAAAAAAACUUCAAUCAGAAAUAAGGAAGGAACUUAAUUUAUGUGGCGGUGUUUAUGAAUCAGAAACAGAAGAUUAUGAAUCAGAAACAAAAGAUUAUCUUGAAACUAAUUCUUGGACUCAUAAUUUUAAAACCUUCACUAGUGAACCGUUGCCUUUCACUGGCACUGCGGGACCAACUAUUUCAUCUAAUGAUCCAUUUACACUUUUCACCAGCAUUUGGGAUAAGAAAAUCAUGAGUUUGAUAGUUGAAGAAACUAAUAGGUACGCAAAACAAACAGCCAAGUUACAGGUGAAUCAGGAAAUGCCUAAGAAUCAUGUGUCUUUUGAAUGGCAAGACACCACCGUUGAGGAAAUGUAUAUUAUGUUUGCGUUAUUAAUCUUUGCUUCAUAUAGAGGGACAGAAGCUUAUAUAUUUGGAAAGAGAUCGUUAGUGCCGCCGGUUUUUUCUGAAAUCAUGAGUCUGGAACGGUUUUCGGCCUUAAACCGCUUUUUACACUUUGUAGACAAUGAAAAACUUGCAGAAACGGACAAGAUGUUGGCUAAAAUGAAACCUGUAUUGGAUCAUUGCAACGAAAGAUUUGCAUCACUGUAUCGACCUAGACAAUUUUUGGAUGUGGACGAUUCAUUCCUUCUAUCAAAACAAGGCACUGAAGGAAGUCUUCGGUUACAGGCAAACUAUUUUGGGGUAAGGACAUAUGAACUGUCAGAGGUAUAUACUGGAUAUGUAUUGAAAAUACUCCAAUAUCCUGGACCAGAUUACAAACUAUCUUCUAAGGAUAAAACACAAAUAGUACUGGAUUUAGUGAGCGAAUAUUCCAAUAAAGGUCACCGAGUUGUAACCAAUAAACAUUUUACCAGUAUAUAUCUAGCUCGUACAUUAAGAUCCAAGGGCUUUGACAAUAUCGGUGACAUUCGAAAGAGUCGGAAAGAUUUACCAGAAAUUAUACAGAAACUGGAAAAAGAUGAAAACGAUUCAAAACUGUACCAAUUGAACGGAAACAAGAUUAGAUUGGUAAGUAGACAUUGUGGAGACGUAUCUGUAGUUGCUUGGAGCGAAUGGGACAUGACAACCUUAUCAACGUACCAUUCAUCGGAGAUGAGAGCCAAUAAACGUGGAAUUAGGCGUCCAGCAUUGACAUUAGACGUCUAUAAAGGGAAAGAAAAGAUAUCGGACAAAGAUGAAGACUUAUCAGACUAUAUCAUGAUACGCCAGCCGUCGGAGCGCUGGUAUAUCAGACAGUUCAAAAGUUUACUCAACAUUAGCUUAAGGAACAUGUAUGUUAUACACAAGUAUAAUACACGUGAUAACCCGUCCCUUAGUCAGAAUUCAAAAGUGUUAAAGCACAAAAUGGCAGAAGAAAAUCUUCAAUCGGAUCCAGUCUUCAUUGAUGUAGCUUCAGGUUCAGAACAGUAUCCAAUAAAUAUUGGUGCCACUGAUACUCCUGCCGAACCCUCUGAGAACCUCCUCAAAAUUGAAAAGGUGGCAACAAGAUGUAAAGUUGAACGUUCAACAUCACCUCUUGCCCCGUUCGUGGAGAUCCAGUCCCGUCGUAUACGAUGUUCAGAAUGUUCCACUUACACGGCGGAGAAUGAGGAGAAGAUGCUGCGUCAUGUGAGGAAGGUACACAGGGGGGAGAAUCCCUUCCAGUGUUACAUGUGUGAUUAUUCUACCUACAACAAGUCCUUGUUCGAAGAACAUGUCAGGAUUCAUCAGGGUAUAAAACCCUUCAAAUGCUCCCACUGCCCAUACCGGAGCGCGUCUAAAAAGAAUACAAAAAAACAUGAACUUAUUCAUCGACCUGACAACCCCCACAAAUGUCAACAGUGUGGCUUCAUCGCCCGCCAUCUUAAAUCCCUCAAAUGUCACAUAAACACGGAACACGGCCAAGACAUGUCGGGUAACAUUGGCCAAAAAAAAAAUCUCACUCUAUGCCCCCAUUGCAAGCGAAAGUUUGAAGAUUUCGAACUUCACGAAAAAAAUCGGAAACAGUGUCCCGAAUGUCCGGUUUUAUUAUGCAAUCGGUAUUUAAUAAAAAAACAUAUGUUAACUGCUCACGGGGAGAAAAAUAGAUUGGCUAAGGAUGACUUCGUUUGUGCCAUAUGUAAGUGGUCUUCUAACGUGAGGCCAAAGAUUCUACUACAUUUGAUCCAUCAUCCGAACCAGCCGGUGGACGAAAGUGUGGUUGACGUGAAUAUCUUAAAGCAGUGUGGAAUCGUUGGCCAGGGCUGGUGA